AUGAUUCAGAGGCCUAAUGGGCAAAAAUUUGGAGGGCCGGAUGCCCCAGACAUGGCUAAUGUGACCAAAUUUCUCAAAGAUUCCGAUAAUGGAGGUGACGAAAAGAUGGAGAAGCAAGAAAGCGAGGAAGGUGCAGGUCCGGUGAUGUCCGCAUUCCGGGUUACCAGUCCUGGUGCCAGUACAGAGAAGAUCGACUCUCGCUCUUACUGUCACGACGACCGCGACUUUCAACAUGGUUCCGUGGUCUACAAACUCCGUGACACUACAUUCUACAGUCAAACACAGUUGGUCGCGGGGAUCAAACGGAAGUACAGGUGUAACCGGGGCUAUGUUCUUAAAGGGAGUUCCUGGUCUACCUGUCUCGCUGCUGGAAGAUGGUCUAACGAUCCACCGACUUGCGAACCAAAGGGAUGUCCAUCAUUACGUAAGAAAGAAAACAACCUAGCAUAUGUUGGUUACACGAGAGAGAAGGGAAUAGAUGGGAGAUAUCCACAUGGCACUUCAGGGCAGGUAUUCUGUGACGCUGGUAAGAUCCUCGUAGCUGGGAAUGGUUUUACAGAAUGCAGUGCAGGAGAAUGGAUUCCUCUCAUACCGCUCUGUUAUGAUAUCGAUGUGGUAGCUCAAGGAAGAGAGGAUUAUUGUCCUAUACCUUACAUCUGGGCCGGUCAGCUCUCAUCUACUGACGUCACAGAAGGCCACGUCUCCCACGGGUUCCAGGUCGACUUCGAAUGUCUGCCGUUCGCCGAGCGGGCCUCGCCCUCCCCCAUCACGUGUAUGGGUGGCCGCUGGGAGCCCGAGGAACCUCGAUGUAUACCAAAACACUGUACAUUGCCACCGUUAACCCGAGGACUUCGGAUAGUUAACGCACCAUUAGGAGCUGUUACACCUCACAGUCAAAAUCUUACAUUAGAAUGUUCAUCAGCAUAUAUACUACAGGGUCCCCCUCAGAUUACCUGCUGGUAUGGUGACUGGGCUGGCAACAUACCAACUUGCGACCACCCUAAAACAGACCCACCGCCUACCUCACCACGUACCACCACCAUCCCUACCACCGUCGUUACCACAACGGAGGAACCGCGAGAUCUUCUACCAAGAAUACCCGGUGAAGAUUAUUCUCAAUGCGGCAAGGCGGGCGACAUCGGGCAGAAAUUGAGGGGUCGUGUGGUUGGUGGCUACGAAGCUAACGAGGCAGCCUGGCCAUGGCAAGCAGCUAUCUAUUGGCAAAGAGCUGAUGGCUCAUGGUUUUUCUUUUGCGCCGGUACGGUCAUCAACAGGGAAUGGAUCCUAUCCGCGGGACAUUGCUUCGGGUACGAUGAGGAUAUUACCAGACUUCAAGUCAAAUUAGGUCUUACAGAUCGAAUUCGAGACCAGGGUACACCGAGGGAACAGGUCUUCUCGAUCAACGGUCUCUACCUCCCCAAGGAGCACGACUUCAUCGACUUCGACUACGACAUCGCCCUCCUUCACCUAUCACAACCUGCCGUCCUGGGUCCAUACGUUAGACCGAUAUGCCUGCCUCCAGAAAUUACAAGCCCGGAUGCAAACCUAGAACGACUAGUAACUAUCAAUUCCUUUGGAAUGGUGAUUGGAUGGGGCCAUAGUAAACCUGUAGCAGUCAAUAGCAGCCAAUAUACCAUAUAUGAAGAUAUUCUUCAACAAUUACAGAUUCCUGUUCGUCCACGUCAAGCGUGCGUCAACAGCCUGCGUGACGUAGGCGAAGAUGAAACGCAAUUUACCAUUAACAUGUUCUGUGCCGGUUAUAACCGGAAACCGCUCGAUACCUGUUUCGGCGACUCCGGUGGACCGCUGAUGCGACACAUAUUCCAUCCAGUCGUCGGGCGAGACGGGAUCCAGCGAAGGCAGAAGCGGUGGGUUCAAGUUGGCAUCGUGAGCGCGGGAAAAGGCUGCGCAGUAGAAGGACAAUUUGCAUUUUACACGCACGUACCAAGACUUGUGAACUGGGUGUAUUCUGUGAUACGAUCGAACCUCACACACACAGGAACGGAGAUUGUUCAAUUAUAAGAAUGGACUCAAGAUUAUUUUAAAAACGUGGAAUGUGGUACUUUAUUGAUUAAUAUAGAUUAAUUUAAAUCAAAAGCACAGAGUUGGAAAGACAUCAUCACACUCGUAUCACGCUGAAGGUGAAAGGUCAAUGAACACUUCUACUUUCCUUUAGAAAUUUCUAAACUCUAAUAUUCUGCUGUCCUAAAUCUAGUGAUACGGUCACAUUCAUGUCGGUGUAAAAGGCGUAAAAUGUAGACAGCUGUAUCUCAUAUUAAAUCAGUAGCGCUAUCAAAAAUCAUUAAGAGCCAAUUAUAUGACCUGUAGACAAUACUGGCAUUUGUACUUUCGUCGGAAAUGCCGAACCCUGGAAGUGUGAUGCCAUACGAGAACUUCCGGGUCAAUGAUUGGAUGCUGACGAAAGAUGAUCUUCUUAUCGCUCGGAUCGAGUGGACAAAACGCGCAAGUCAAAACCGUCCGACGGACCAGAUUAUGACGCGGACAAGAUUCGCCGCUACACCAGAAUCCCAUCUCUCCACCUAAGUGAAGAAGGCAAUGGAUAACAACUGCCAUGUAUUCUCGGGAUUCUCUUAAAAUGUAAUGCUUGAUACUAGUGCCCCGUCUUACAAAGAGUUACGAUUGAUCCAAUCAAUCGUAACUCUAUGGAAAUCCAUCAGUGUCAUAA